AUGCAGUCGCUUUCCAGUAUUUCUGUUGUGUCUUUUACACUUUUCAGCCUGGCUUACGCAGGAUAUAUUCCAUAUGACCACGCUAAUAGCUACGCCGCGGUGCAAUCUGCCGUUGCACCACACCACGGCGCUUACUUAGCACCUGUUAAUGUAGUGGCCUACACUGGCAAUGGAUAUGAUCACUAUGAACACCACGAACCACAUCACUACCCCAAAUACGCUUUCGAUUAUGGUGUUAAGGACGCACAUACUGGCGAUCACAAGAGUCAAUGGGAACAGCGUGACGGCGAUAAGGUUAAGGGCGGCUACACACUGGCCGAAGCCGAUGGCACUACCCGCGUCGUGGAAUACACAGCCGAUGAUCAUAAUGGCUUCAACGCCGUCGUAAAGAAGAUCGGACAUGCGCACCACCCUCACGUGCAUUACAACCAAGAAGGCUAUGGUUAUGAGGGCCAUGGACAUUAUCCCCUUGGACAUGCCAGCAGUUAUAAAAAAAAAAAAAACACACCUAAUUUACUAAUAAUGCAGCUCAUAUCGUGCGUUACCAUAGCCGCUUUUGCGCUCUUCGGCGCUGCUUCAGCAGGAUAUAUUCCACACGGCCAUGCCUCCAGUUAUGCCGCAGUAGUGCAACACGAUGACGUGCAUCAGUUUGGCGUGCAUGGAUAUGACAGCUAUGGUGGAGCAGUUGAUCACGGUCAUCUCGGACAUUAUGAACAUUAUGAACAUCACGAGCCUCAGCACUACCCCAAGUAUACAUUCGAUUAUGGCGUUAAGGACGCGCACACUGGCGAUCAUAAGAGUCAAUGGGAGCAACGUGAUGGCGACCAUGUUAAGGGUGGCUACACUCUGGCCGAAGCUGAUGGCACUACCCGCGUUGUGGAAUACACAGCCGAUGACCAUAAUGGCUUCAACGCUGUUGUAAAGAGAAUUGGCCAUGCUCACCACCCACAGGUGUACCACCACGCUUAUGAUCACCACGGCAGCUAUUAAGUUUGAAAAUGGUUUAAAAUUACAAUUUCAGGUUUAGUCCAAAUUCGAGCAAUA